GUCGUCUGUCUUGCUGCCAAGGAAAACCGCUGAAAACUCCGAUCGGCGAUCUUGAGAGUCCGAGCUAAUGUCAGGGAUGGAGAGAUUGCAGUGGAUGUUUGCCGGUGCUGGAGGCGCUUUGGGUGGCCACCCACCGCCGGAUUGGCUGACUCUUGAUUCAUCGGAGCAGGUCUACAUCUCCUCUCUCGCUCUCCUCAAAAUGCUCAAGCACGGGAGGGCUGGAGUUCCCAUGGAAGUGAUGGGCUUGAUGCUGGGAGAGUUUGUGGAUGAGUACACAGUACGUGUUGUUGAUGUCUUUGCGAUGCCUCAGAGUGGCACUGGUGUCAGUGUUGAAGCCGUUGAUCAUGUUUUCCAGACUAAUAUGCUAGAUAUGCUUAAACAAACUGGAAGGUAUCUUUCAAUUACUUAGAUGAAUAUUAGUCCGUUGGAUGUUGUUUUGAGACCUAGACAUGAACUUUUGCUUGUUCAUUGGUAUUUGGACUGGCUUGCCUUCUGUCUUUUAUUGCAACAUCGCACCUAGGACCCAAUGUCAGAGAACUAGAUGGUACAUGUGAAUUAAAAGUUUUAUUGGAA